UCUGAGCGUGAGAGUUCAUGAGCUUCCAGUGUUAAAGCUUUCUACCUCAUAUUAUGAAUUGAAAUUAUUGUGGCUACGAUGAUGUUCAGCUACUUGGUGCUUGUGGGAAUGAUCUGUCUGUGCAGCACAGAGCCUCUCAAACGCCAUAAACGGUCCUGGAUUAUAGACUCGUUUGACAUUGUGGAGGAACACCCGGGGCCUUUCCCCUAUGAACUGGGGCAGAUUAAACUGGACCGUAGCUAUUUAGUGGAGUUCAGGUUAAAAGGAAAAGGUGUGGAUGAAGAUCCAAAGGGUGUCUUAUCUAUUGAUUCGCUCACAGGAAUCAUUAAAGUCCACCGGAAAGUCGACUAUGAGCAGUACAGUGUUCUGAUGCUGACCUUCCAAGCAAGAAAUAAGUCCAACUUGGCCAUAGAUACACAACUUGGCAUGGAAGUCAACAUACUGGACAUCAACGACAACCCGCCGGUAUUCCAGAGGAGGGUUUAUGAUGUCACUGUAAACGAAGCAGCAAAACAAGGUGGUUUUAUUGUAGGUGUUUUAGCAAUUGAUAAGGACGCACCAGGAACUCCGAAUUCCACCAUUGAUUACAAAAUCAUUUCUGUCACUCCAACAACUAAAAAUGUGGACUUCUACAUCCAAGAAAGUGGUGCAAUAUCUUUCAAAGGAUGCUUUGAUUAUGAGGUGGCUAAUAAAUACUCUAUAACAGUUGAAGCAAAGGACCGUGGAGUUGUAAAGCUGUCAAGCACAGUGACAAUAAUUGUCAACCUUCAGGAUGGCAACAAUCAUUUACCAGUUAUCACAGGGCAAACGGGUUCAGCUAAUGUGGCGGAAGGGACAAAUGGUACAUCACCUCUCAAACUACAUACAGCUGAUGCUGACACGCGUCCCACUGCUGCAUGGAGGGUCAGAUACUCCAUACAAGGGGAUAAAGGUGGCCACUUUGCCAUCCACACUGAUCCAGACACCAAUGAUGGAAUCCUCACUGUGGUUAAGCCUUUAGACUAUGAAGAAAACCCAGAACAAAAACUCACCAUCUUUGUUGAGAACGAAGAGCCUUAUUUCUCUUGUGAGGUUAAAGAGAAAUCUGCACAUGGGCUCUGGACAAUCAUCACAAAUCCACCAAAACAGUCCUCUAGGAAUAUUAUCAUUACGGUGGAAGACGCCAAUGACCCUCCAUUCUUCCCAGAUCCAGUAAGAAAAGUAAUUUUGGAAGAAAAUGGUGCUGUCGGAGCUUUUGUAGACAAAGUGACAGCAGUCGAUCCUGACACUGGACGUCCCCACAAACUGGAGUAUUCUAUUGAACAAGAUCCUGCAGGCUGGUUCAGAGUAGACAAAACAACUGGGGAAAUCUUUGUAAAAGAGUCUUUGGACAGAGAGUCAAGUCAUGUGACCAAUGGGACUUAUACAGUCACUGUCCUUGUGACAGAGAAGGAUGACCAUCCUCCAAUGACAAGCACUGCUACCAUUCAGAUCCACAUUGAAGACAAAAACGACAAUGUCCCUAUUUUAAAGGAGAACAUGGUUUCUGUCUGUCAGUCUGAUGAAGUGUCAAGUACAGAGAUCACAGCCUAUGACCUUGAUGGAGAUCCUUACAGUGGUCCAUUCAGUUUUGAAAUUAUGGGAGAUCAUAAGAAAGAAUGGAGCUUUGACCCCAGUCAUGGUUACACAGUGCAUUUGGUGAAGGAUAAAAGCAUCCAUGCCAGUCUGAACACAUUGAUUGUGAAAGUCUCUGAUAAACAGGGCAGGUUUGUCCUCCAGAAUCUCUCUGUUGCUGCGUGUGAUUGUGCGGUUUCACCAAACUGUCUGAUGGAGCGCAACACACAGCAAAAAGUGGGAAGUGGCUUGAUAGGAAUUACCAUUCUUGCCGCGCUGAUGAUAUUUGCUUGUCUGUUGCUGUCUCUCGUUUGCUCUUAUGGGCCUGUGAAGUCUCUGGUGCAGGUAGACAAUGUCUUAGAAGAUGCCCUUCUGCCUUCUAACAUCGAGAAACCUGGCUCUGAUUGUGUGGUCCCGACUAUUCUUUUAAAGAAGGCAUCUGUUAGUCACUCAAAGGAUGCAACUUUUGUCAGUAAUGGGGCUCAACAGACAACUGACAUUCAGGGGGUAUCUAGCCAAAUUAUAGCCACUCAUAGUCUCCCAGUUCAAAUGGAUGAGUGCUGGUCUAGAGACAGAUCACAUUAUUCCAGUGAGAAACAGACAUGGAUGUGGAAACAGUAUCAGAGUGAAAACCGCUACCAGGGUUCAACAUUUAGCAGGAGGAGCUCACAAAGAAGACAGGGUACCUAUUUCAUCAGCAGCUCAACUCUACAAAGUUUGCUCUCUCAGAGAUUGCAUUCAAUACAGGGCCUAGAAAAUGAAUUGCUUGAUUACGAACCUCAGCUUUACGCAGUUGAGGACAACUCUGAUCAUUUUGUAGACCUGGACCCCAUAGACCUGCCUAUGAAUGAGUUUGAUCCUGAGCUGCUCUCAGACCUCGGACCAGCAUUUAAGCAUCUGGCUUCUAUCUGUAACCCAGGGACACUGUCAAAACCAGAAGUGAUGAAGAAUGGGAUCAGAUAGUCUAGUGAUGAAGAUGAGGAUGAAGAUGUUUCACCUUCUUAUUCAGGACUGGUCACUUGAAAGCAGAAAGAAAGAAAGAAACCAAUGGAGAGAUUUUUUUAAAU